GCUGCCAGUACUGUGCCACCCAAACACCCACCAUCUUCUACCCACCAACUGUCUCAUCUUUUUAACCGACAGUCAAAGCCGCCUCCAAUGGCUUCGACUUCUUUGGUAUUCCCUUCUCUGCAACUACAGUUUCCAACCCAAUCAUCAAGAAAAUCACCGCUAUUCAACUCCUCCUCCAAGCGCCGCCAUGUGCGUCCCAUCUCCGCCUCUGUUUCCGAGAAAUCCCCCUCCUCCUCUUCUGUUUCAGCAAACCCGCCCGAGUCCGACAGGACAAAAUCCCUCCCCUUCAAGAAAAUCCCCGGAGACUACGGCUUCCCCAUCGUCGGCCCCAUCAGCGACCGCCUCGACUACUUCUACAACCAGGGUAGGGACGAGUUCUUCAAGUCCCGCAUCCAGAAAUACCAGUCAACGGUGUUCCGAGUAAACAUGCCACCGGGCCCCACUAUCACCUACAAAUCCAAGGUCGUCGCCCUCCUCGACGGCAAGAGCUUCCCGGUGCUCUUCGACGUCUCGAAAGUCGAAAAAAAGGACCUCUUUACCGGAACUUACAUGCCCUCCGUGGAGCUCACCGGCGGCUACCGCAUCCUUUCCUACCUCGACCCAUCGGAGCCCAAGCACGACAAGCUGAAGCGGAUCCUUUUCUACCUCCUGAAGUCGAGUCGCGACUCGGUGAUACCCGAGUUUCACUCGUCCUACACGGAGCUUUUUGAAACUCUCGAGGCCAGUCUCGCUGACAAAGGUAAAGCCAACUUCGUCGCGGCCAACGAUCAGGCUGCGUUUAACUUCUUGACCCGGUCGCUGUACGGGGCCAACCCUGCCGACACUCCACUUGGGGUCGACGGACCCAAGCUUGUAUCCAAGUGGGUCCUGUUUAACUUGGGCCCACUUCUGAUCCUCGGCCUCCCGAAGUUCAUCGAAGAACCCAUUAUCCAUUCUUUCCGGCUCCCGCCAUUUUUGAUCAAGAAGGAUUACCAGCGCCUCUACGAUUUCUUCUACCAGUCUUCCGGUCACGUGCUCGACGAGGCCGAGCGACUGGGUGUCUCACGUGACGAGGCGUGCCACAAUCUGUUAUUCGCCACGUGCUUCAAUUCGUUCGGCGGGAUGAAGUUCCAAUUCCCUAAUAUGAUCAAGUGGAUUGGGCGCGCCGGUGUCGGGCUCCACACUCGAUUGGCCGAGGAGAUCCGAACCGCCGUCCGAUCCAACGACGGAAAAAUUACGAUGGGCGCAAUGGAGCAAAUGCCAUUGAUGAAAUCUGUGGUCUACGAAACGUUCAGGAUUGAGCCACCGGUGGCGUCGCAGUUCGGAAGGGCGAAGACGGAUCUCGUGAUCGAGAGCCACGACGCGGCGUUUAAGGUUAAAGAAGGGGAGUUGCUGUUCGGAUUCCAACCGUUCGCAACCAAAGAUCCAAGGAUUUUCGAGCGAGCCGAUGAGUUUGUCCCGGAUCGGUUUGUCGGCGAUGACGGGGAGAAGCUGUUGAAGCACGUGCUGUGGUCGAACGGGCCUGAGACGGAGAGUCCGACGGUCGGGAACAAACAGUGUGCUGGAAAGGACUUUAGCGUGUUGGCUUCGAGGCUUUUGGUGGUGGAGUUUUUUCUCCGGUAUGAUUCGUUUGAGAUUGAGGUGGCGCCGUCGCCGUUGGGUGCUGCCAUUACUGUGACGUCACUGAAAAGAGCUAGCUUUUGAGUUUUUUGUUUUUAAUUUUUUUGGGAUUUGUAGAUUUUGUUUCUUUUGUUUAUUAGUGGAUAAGUGGGAUAUUGGACCGGCUUUAUAUGUGACUUUUCUGUAUAGUGAUGAUCCGAAUAACAUGUGAAAAUUGGAAUAUUAUGUUUUGUAAGGUGGAUUGCAGAAAUAUAAUUAAAUGUGGGAAAUUAUAAUUA